UCAGAGCAAAGUCCGCACCCCGACGUGAGGCGUCCUCGCCGGCGAGAUGGGCGCCCGGGGCCAGGUCCUUCUGUGGCUGCAGCUCUGCGCGCUGACUCGGGCCGCGGACAAACUUUGGGUCCCCGACACCUACUUCGAUACUGCCUCCAACUGGAGUCAGAACCGGACCCCGUGCGCGGGAGAUGCGGUCCAGUUCCCGGCGGACAAGAUGGUGUCGGUCCUGGUUCGAGACAGCCACGCCAUCUCGGACAUGCUCCUGCCGCUGGACGGGGAGUUCGUCCUGGCCCCGGGAGCCGCCUUCAGUGCUGCAGGGCUCGGCUCGGACCCGACUUGCAACUCGGACGCCCCGCUGCUCUUCCGCAACCCCGACCGCUUCUCCUGGCUUGACCCACACCUGUGGAGCUCCGUGACCCAGGCGCGCGGCCUCUUCUCCGUGGACGCCGAGCGCGUGCCCUGCAGCUACGACGACGUCCUCUUCCCGCGCGACGCGUCUUUCCGCGUGGCGCUCGGCCCGGGCCCCAACCCAGUGCACGUCCGCAGCGUCUCGGCCGGGGGCCAGACGUUCACGCGCGACGAGGACCUGGCCGCCUUCCUGGCGUCCCGCGACGGCCGCCUGCGCUUCCACGGGCCGGGCACGCUGAGAGUGGGCUCCGAGGCCUGCACCGACGCGUCGGGCUGCGUCUGCGGCAGCGCCGAGACGCUGCCCUGGAUCUGCGCGGCCCUGCUGCAGCCCCUGGGCGGCCGCUGCCCCCGGGCCACCUGCCGAGACCCCCUGCUGCCUCAAGGACAGUGCUGCGACCUCUGCGGAGCCGUCGUGUCGUUGACCUACGACCCCACGUUUGACCUGGAGCGCUACCGAGCGCGGCUGCUGGACCUGUUCCUGAAGCAGCCCCAGUACCAGGGGCUGCGGGUGGCUGUGUCCAAGGUGCUGCGCGAGGCCCACAGCGAGAUCCAGGUGGUGCUGGUGGAGACCGGGCCCGAGCCGGGCGCAGCGGGACGGCUGGGCCACGAGCUCCUUCAGGACGCGGCGGCUCAAGGCACCGUGCUGGGCGUCUCGUCUGCGACCCUGCGGCUGUCGGGCCCGCCCACGGGAGGCUCCGCGCUGGACGGGGAGCGGUCGGGUGCCGGGCUGGCGGGCGGCGUGGCGGCCCUGGUGCUGCUGGCGCUGCUGGGCGCGGCGCUGCUGCUGCUGUACCGCAGCGGGAGGCUCAGGUGGAGAAGGCAUGGGGACGCUGAGCUCUCCUCGGCUGGGCUGCCGCUGGGUUUCCGAAACCCGAUUUUCGACGUGAUCGUCUUCAAGCAGCAGCCCUCCCAGCCCACCGUGGAGCUCUCCGACUCAGCCCAGAAGGUGGACUUGGACUCAGCCCAGAAGGUGGACUUCGAUGCCAACUUCAGCUACUUCGUUAACCCACUGUUUGCCGGGGAGGCAGAGGCAGAGGCCUGACCUGCUGGGAGGGCACCAGGCUCCGCCCUGGGCACUGGCCUUGCCCUCAGAGACCAUGAUUCUCUCCUGGUGGCAAGGACAAACCUUGCCCAAUAAAGGGUUGGGUUUUU